CUCUCGUCUUAAAGAGCGCUCACUUCCGGGUUUUGUCUGGCCGUCUUCCUCCCGCUUUGUGGUUGGCUGGGAGCGGCUCGUGCGCGACAAUAACAGCAGCAUCAUGGCCGGCAUCAAAGCUUUGAUUAGCCUGUCCUUUGGGGGAGCUGUUGGACUAAUGUUCCUGAUGCUUGGUUGUGCCCUUCCGCAGUACAACGAAUAUUGGCCUCUCUUUGUCCUGUUCUUCUACACCCUUUCUCCAAUUCCAUACUGCAUAGCAAGAAGAGUCGCCGAAGACACAGAUGCUACAAGUAAUGCCUGCAAGGAACUUGCCAUAUUUCUUACGACGGGCAUUGUUGUCUCAGCAUUUGGGCUCCCAAUUGUGUUUGCCAGAGCACUACUGAUUCGUUGGGGAGCCUGUGCGCUUGUCCUCACAGGAAACACAGUCAUCUUUGCUACCAUCCUAGGGUUUUUCUUGGUAUUUGGCAGCAAUGACGACUUCAGUUGGCAACAGUGGUGAAAAGAGUUGGAAAGAGAACUAUCGGCAUCUUGUGUCAUUCAGUGGCCAUCCAUCCAACAGCAAGAACAGGCAAUAAAGCGAAUGUACUCUUUCCACAGAGGGACUCUAGGUGUAGGAUACUCUGUAGUCACUUUUCCUCUCCUUUCACAUUCAACUUCUAACGUCUUGCUUGAUUUAAAUGUUAUUAAUUGUUGAUGCUGUUUUAGUUUAAUGCUUUACUUUAAUGUGGGGAUCAGAAUGCUUAAAUGUGAUGUUUAAAUCUGUUUUUUCCCUUGUUUUUUUUUUUUUUGAAGAACAUAAGUGCGUUUAAAUAUAAAAUUGAUCUUUUGACCAUGAAUUAUUUUUAAGCUACAAUGUACAAUCGUGUAACCAAACUGGCAACAAACGUAGGACACAGUCCAGUCAUAUGGAAGUGUUUCUGAAGCCCUAUCAUGCACAGGUAUUUUUUGAAGUAAGUCCCACUGAGUUCAAUAGGGCUUACUCCCAAGCAAGUGUGCAUAGGAUUGUUCACAUGUCCUAUUGAACUCAGUAGGAGUGAAGCAUGUGCUCAACACUCACCCCCUUUUGAAAUAAAUAGAAAGUGCUUAGAUAUAGCUGGCAUGUGCUGUUUAUUAGCAAAUGUGUACAUGGUUAUGGGAUUUUGGAAGUGAAGUGUAAAGAGCUGAAGGGAGAAGCACUUAGCAACUGAUUAAUGGGUUGCUUGUUUCCAUAGACAGCUGAAAAUGUGAUAAUGCCAAUGGUAUGGGGAUAGCUUUUAAUAAGGGGAAUUUUUUUAAUUAUUUUGGAAGUUUCUGCUCAUUGUACAAAUAUUUUGCAAGUUUUUAUUGUUGACACUCCAAAUGAGGAGGGGGGAACCUAAUUUCUCAAUGGGAAGUGGAAGACGUCUGACAUUUAAAAUCCACUUUUAAAAAAUCCCAUUUUGAAAUCUUUCUGUUUAUAUGUAUUAUACACUUUGAAAAUCUAUGAAGUCAACUCUUUAUAUGUUUUACCAAAGGGGAGGUAAAAGGAAGACCCAUGGAACUACUGAUUAUGGGCACAACUCAGCCAGAAGAUCUCCUGCACAGGCCACAUAGAAAUGAAUGGCAGUGCUCUUGUUCAGCUCACUUUCAUUGUCACCAUGACAUGUACAGAAGAACUACUCAGUGGAUUGCACCCACUAUGUUUGCAAAGUAUAAAAGGAGAAUUUCUGCUUCCCUUUUUAAUUUAUUUUAUACAUGGUAUAAAAGGCUUUUCAAAUGUGGAUUGAAACUUUUCACUGCAGGUAAUAACUUACCUGACAGAUCAAUUAUUGUAUUGAUAUACAGUCAAAGCUUGGCUACCUUGCAGAUCUUUGACUACGAAGGUUUUAUAGUGGUCCUGUCAAUGUUCCAGUUUAUGCAUUAAUAAAUGUUAAUCAUAAUUGUAGUUCUGUUAGAGUAUAUUACACGUACCAUACAAUAUUUAUAUUUGUUGCAUACCUCUUAAUUGUCUUUUCCAUUAACCAUAAAUAACCGUAUUUUGUAGACCCAAUUCUUUUGGAGUGGUGCUUUGCUGGUGACUCGUUAGUAAGAUACUCAGAUGUCUCUGUCUAUGCUCUCACACUGUGCAGUCAUGCAAACUAGCCAAGUCUAGCCAAGUGAUAUAGGCACCUGCACACAUUCCCCUCUUAAUACAGCUUUCUGCUGGCACAACUCAGUGGAGCUUUCUUCUUUUCCCUGACUGGUUCAUAGACAUGCAUGCUCCACAGUGAGCCCCUGCACACCCAUCUAGGCAUCACUCACCUCCCCAGGGUCUUGGGAGGGUGAGGGGCAUCUGGAUAGAGAUCGAGGCAGUGAGUAUGUAUGGGUCCCCCAUUGCAAGUAAGAGAGUUGAAUGGAAGCUCUUUGCUGCAUCCUUCUUCUGAGAGAACUCUGUCCAUGGAAGGGAAGCUGCAUCAUGUUCUCCUUCAUGUGCUGGCAUCAUAAAACAAAGGAGUUGAUGGACAGAUUGUAGUUAUCAGGGCAUCAGUCUACAGAAGCAUAGGUGAUGAAUGGGUUCUGUUUCUUAAAAAUUAUGUGAUACUGACUUAAAAUUCAAAACUAAGUCUGAGGGUGAUCUUGACGGUUACAUCCCUAUUGUAACUUCAAUAGCAUUUUUUUUUAAGAGGGACAUGUACAAAGUGAUUGUGAAGUACUUGUGCCCAGUUAUUUAAAUCCAAGUUUUCAAUGUCUGAACAUUUUUCCAGGUCUUUCAAGGAUGUUGAAGCAAGACUUCUGCAUGACACAGAUAUUUAUGCUCUCAAAUCCCUGAAAUUCCUUUGGAAACUCUUUACAUUGACAGUGGAACAGUUGUAGCUGUCAAAUAGAUAACUCAUUUAGUGAUCCUUCCAAUCAUGUAUUAUAGCAAAUGAGUUCUCUUCUCACCUGUUGUACUGUUACUUUUCUUUGUGAAAUUACUGGCUACUCUUCAGUUGGGCGCCAACUCUAUUAUAUUUAAUAGUAGUGUAUUUUCUGUGUAUUAAUUGUGUGGACAGCAUUGUGGUGGUGAUCUUGCUUAUUUUUAGACAUAGUGCUGUCUCCUGUUAUCAGGUUAGACAUUUGAGAGGUAUGUCUUUCUUCAUGUAAUAUGCACUGAGCAGCAUUGCCAUCCUUCUACAAAGAAAUUUUGAUGAGAAAACAAUAAAAAAAUUAAAUA